CUGGGUAAAUAAUUGCAAGUAAUAAUAAAUAAUGUUAAAAGAUUAAAAUUUUAUAUUACACAUUAUGUAGCUCUUUUAUUCCUUUUUAUAUAAUUCUUAAAUUCAAGAUGUUGUAAGACACAACAAAUAACUUAAUUUGUUUAAUAUUUUGAUUUUCCAAACGUGGAAAUGAAAGUUUUACCAUUUUUGUAAGAUCUGUAAAAUAUAUAACAAUUUUACUAUGUAAAAAAUGUGGGAAAUUACAGUUUUACCCAAACAAUAUAAAAUAGGGGACUGGAACUGAUUAGUAAUAUCCUAAGGCGUUGCACAAAGAGAAAAGAGAGUCUAUACCCACCAAAUUUUGCCUUUACCUUUUGUGAGGUAACUGCUACAAAUCGAAUGUACUUUUUAGUCGGCCAUGGUGAAUCUGUUGGACUUAUUAUUUAAACUUCGUUCUUUUGUAUUGCACCUUUAAUUUGAAUAUGAGAAAUGAAGUAUUGUAUUAUUUAUGUAAAGAUUUUUGUUUUUAAAGAAAUGAGCUAGCUCGAAACUCUAUAUUAGGACAAUGCGAAGGAGGGCUAUACACAGUUUGAAAAAAAAAUAAACAUCAUAAGUAUCAUAUGACAGAGAAACUUAAGUUAAAACUAUGACUUGUUCUGUAUUUUUGAUUGUUGUUUUGGUUUUACGACUUUCAAUAACAGAUUCAUCUGACAUUUUUGUUUCAAAACUCAAUGGCAACGAUCAUAAGAAUUGUGGACAUCAAGUAAUAUUACCUUGCCGCUCGUUGCAGUACGUUCUUGAAAACAAAAUCUCCAAGUUAAAAAUUGUCAUUCGAUUAGAUGGAGGUAAUGAUGUGGUAAAUCCUUACAAGUAUCUGAUUAAUAAAACGUUCCUACUUGAACGAGAAAUUACGAUCACAAACACUGGAAAUGUUCGUCCGACUGUUUCGGUAUAUAAAAAACUAAAACCAUCAUAUGAACUUCAACAUACUGUCUUUCAUUGCAAACAGGAAUGUAUUUUAACCAUAUAUGGAAUUCGAUUUUACGACGCACCAUUGGUCUCCAUCGUAUCUAAUAUAACGGUCCAGGUAAAACAGUGUCUUGUUGAAAGUUCAUUGCGAUUUCUUCGAACUCUCAUGAAUGAAAUACAAAAAAAUAUAGCCGUGGAAAUAUUUAACAGUACUUUUGUUGAUUCAACUUUGGCUUUUGACGAAACUAAAUACUUGAAAAUAAAUAUCAUUAACACCACUAUACAUGAGCACACACGUGACUUUUCACUGCUCUCAAUACACGGAGCAUAUGUCUGUGAUAUUCAAAUAAGAGAUAGCUUAUUUAGAAAUAACGGUGGGGUUGCUAUUUCAUGCAUCCCAUCUGCUAGUAAUAGCAAAAAAAUAUGGAUAAUUAAUACUAAAUUUAUUAAUACAAAAAAAAAUGGAAAUGCGUUGGAACUCUUGUAUUGCUCAUCAAUUUAUAUAAAACAUUCUGAGUUUAAUGGUUAUAUUGCCACUGCAUUGAAAAUAGAAAAUGCUCUUUCAGUUACGGUGACACGUUCAAGCUUCACAAGUAACACUGGUUACAAUGGAGGUGCUUUAUAUUUAAGAGGUAGCAAGUGUCUGAUAUCAAAAUGUUAUUUCUUCAAUAAUACGGCUACGAAUGGAGGAGCAAUCUACUACGUGAUGGGCAUGUUGUAUCUUCUUAUCGCGAAUUCCCGAUUUAUCUCAAACUCCGCCAUAAUGUUAGGCGGAAGUUUAUAUACCGGCAAGCAACAAAUAAAAGCAGAAGUAAAGAUGCGAAACGUUACUUUCUUGGUAGAACCCAAAUUUCCAUCAAGUGCUGGUAUUAUAAUCUAUUCAACAGUGGAGACAAGUUUACUUAAUGUCUGCAUGAAAAUCGCGUCAACACUGUUUGAUUGGCCGAUAGCAGAUGGCUUUUCGUGUGAUAAAGGUUGCAUCAGAAAGAAAAGAUCUGCAAGUGAUUUUUUCAAAUUUAAAUGCCCUGAGAACCAUAAUGCUGUAGCAAUAUUUGUGAAAGAUAAGGAAGAGAAUUGGAUUUCUAAUCUACGCUGUGUCAGAUGUAGGAAGGACACAUAUUCAAUUAAUAAUGGAAGUAUCGAAAUAAAAUAUAAACAUGAAAACCUAACAGCAUUAAAUCUUAACGCAAAGUGUCAAAGAUGUCCAUCUGGUGCAAUAUGUGACAACGGAGUAGUCAGUCGUGGUAAUUUUUGGGGAUAUCUGUCAUCGGAUAAAUCUGAUAUAAUAUUCAUACCUUGUCCUUCAUCCUAUUGCUGCUCAUCUUAUGGUACUAAAUGCACGUCCUAUAAUACCUGCAAUAUUAACAGAUAUGGAGUUUUAUGUGGUUCGUGUAAAUCUGGUUCUAGAGUCAAUUACUUCGAUGGUAGGUGUAUUACAAAAAGAAGUUGUUGGAAACAUUUGUUUUGGGUCCUGUACUUGCUCUAUAUAAUUAUUUAUUCAGUUCUCUUUCUUUACUACAAGGACAUAUUCUUGUUUGUUCUGAAGUAUAUAAGAGGCGUUAAGAGUAAACCAGACACCACUGGCGAUUUAAUGCAACCCUUGAUUGAGAACAGUGAGGGCUGUGUAUCUCAAAAAGAUGAAGAAAACGAUAACAUCAACCAUUCAACAAAUGUGCUCUCUUUAAGACCUAGAUAUUCAAACAUGUCAAGAAACAUCGCAGGCGUUACGACGAUUGUAUUCUUCUUUUAUCAGAUUGAAAGGUUGCUUCGAAUCAAACAACACGAUCAGAGAAAAUCAGAUAUUUUAAGCGAGUUUAGAAAAGCGAUUACAUCUGCACUUAACUUUGAAUUUAUUUCAACGAAGUUCUUAAAUAUAUGUGCCAGGGAAAAUCUCACAACUAUUGGCAAGGAAUUUAUCCAAACAGCUGCCUUUCCUACAGCAAUUACAUUACUUUUUACAUUACAUUUUUGUUCAAAAAGAUGUUUCUUUAUGUGGACAAGGCAUGAGCCCUAUUUUCAAAUAAAAAUUAGAUCGUGCCUAAUUCAACUGGCAUUGCUUGGUUACACAGGAAUAUCAUCAUUCUGUAUAAAAAUGAUGAAUUGCGUCAAUAUAAACGACACACAUUAUUUGUACAUACAAGGUGAUGUUGUUUGUUAUUCAUGGUGGCAAUAUCUUAUUAUGGUGUUCUUCUGCAUUUGGAUUGUGCCAUUUCCUUUCACGACAUAUAUGUCGGUAAAGAUGCUGGAGAAAGGGAAGGUAUCUGUUACACAAUUUUACAUCUGCUUUUCCUUUCCUCCAUAUGCAAGUUAUCAGUACAUAUUGAAAAGAAAGACGGGUUUUGACUUUGAUGCCACUGAAAUUCCUGACAACAAGAAGGAAAAGGAUAGCAUCUUGGAGUUGUUUACUAAACCAUAUCGAAAAAGUACGUCUGAAGAGAGUGUCAUAAACUGGGAGGUUGUUGUCUUGAUUCGACGUCUAAUCUUGUCUGCCUUGUGUAUAUGCAUCAUCAAUCCAGUAUUCAGAAUGCUAACCACUUUCCCCACACUUUUAGUUUUCCUACUGCAUCACUGGUAUAAAAGUCCAUUUCAUAGCAACGCCCUUAACAGAAUGGAAACACUAUCGUUGUCCAUUUUACUGUUGCUCAAUAUUUUUGAUUUAAUUUGGGCCUUGGAUUACAUGCAUGAUCUUUCAAGGUUACCCGGUUUCGAUCUUAUCAAUCUUGUUUUUAUUUGGGUUAAAAAUAUUGCUUUAUCACUACCACCAUUGGUAGUUUUGAUUAUUUUAUCAUAUGUUGCAGUUAAAAAGAUUAUUUGGAGAAUUAGGAAAUGUAUAAGAAAAGUUAAAUGGUCUGAAAUGUGUAGCUGCUAACAAUACAAUGUAAUUAUACUGUUUAAAGGACUAUUUUUAUUUGUAAUGUUCCAAAGUAACGAUGAAAGGAAAUAUUAUAAACGCGUGCAUAUAGCACGCGUUUAUAAUAUUUAUGCAUAUGCGGCCUGCAUGAUUUAGUACAUACCAAGUAAGAAAGGAAGUUCUGUAGGUUUGAAGUCAACACGAUGCAAAAUCUAUUAUUAAAAGCUGUUGUCACACUACUCAAUUUUGCUGUAUUAAGGAUUAUGUAAUAAGGAUGAAGGUAAUAAAACAAGCAAAAAAUAAACUUGAGUUCAGAACAAAACUAUAUCUGAGAGUAAAACAAAAGCUCAUCUAUUCCAAGAAUUAUCUACCGUGCGAGUGCGUUAAGGUUGAUAUCCAUUAGGCAAAUUUUGGUUGCUCGGGCUCUAGCGAAUCCGGAGGAAAAGCGGCUAUUAAAUUUCUAUAUGCCAUAGCGACGUAAGAUGAGCGACAAAAGUUUAAAGUGAAA